AUGAAAGUCGAGAAAAAUGUUUCAUAUGAGGCUGAUGGGAAAACGUAUCGCAUGUACGAUGUCAAAGCGGAGGAUCCCAUUCAAGUUCGGGUCAGGAACCACUACUUCAACCAACAUCAGAAGCAAACUGUCGACUUUGUCAAUAAGAUGGUUAGUUUGUAAAGAAUCUUAAUCCAAUUGAAAACGGUAUAUUUAGCACAAGAAAUGGCUAAACUUCGACCACGCGAGGAUGCCGAUCCUCGGAUGCCUGGACAUGCUCUCCACUCUCUUGGAUGAAUCCGAUCCGGACGUCGACGAGGCCAACCUGUUUCAUGCAUAUCAAACUGCUGAAAAGAUUCGUGAGGCCCACCCCGACAAGCCAUGGAUGCAUUUGGCCGGUGAGUGUAAACUGCUGAUCGUGCACCCAAGCUGUGACGUAAUCCAGGACUGGUUCACGAUCUCGGCAAGAUAAUGAGUGUGUGGGGAGAAGAACAGUGGACGGUCACUGGGGACACAUACCCGGUGGGAUGUGCUCCAGCCGAGAGCAUCGUCUACGGAUCCGCCAGUUUUGCUGGAAACCCGGACAUUGAGCACGACGUUUAUGGAACGAAGAACGGAAUGUACAAGGAGAAUUGCGGGCUGGAGAAUCUUCUGAUGACGUGGAGCCACGACGAGUACAUGUACAGAGUUCUCGUGAAUCAUGGAUCCACACUUCCGGAUGAGGCUCUCUACGCCAUCCGCUUUCAUUCUUUCUACCCUUAUCAUUCUCACAACGACUACAUUCACUUCCGAAACGAACGAGACAUCCAGAUGAAGCCGGCCAUUAUGAUGUUGAAGUAAGAAUUUGUAAUUUUAAGAGUAAGCUGUUAGCAUCUGGUUUCAGCGACUGUGAUCUCUACUCGAAGAACGACGAGACUCCGGACAUUAACGUUCUCAAACCAUACUACCAAUCACUCAUUGACAAAUACAUUCCCGGAGAUGUGGCAUGGUAG